AGUGUUAUGUCAGCGACUUGGUGUGUCAUUUUCUUUUCUUAUGUUUCGCUGUGCUGUUUUAAAAAUGAAAAAAAUAGUAUUAUGAAUUAUUGCAGCUGAAUUGAUGCGACGGUAUUAUUUUCGGAAUACCAGAGUUGUAUUCAAACUUCGUGAUUGCAUCUUUGCAUGUUCACUUGAACGAUAUAGAAGUUUAUUUACUUUGUCGCAAGUGACAAUGCAGGUGUUUACGCAGAAGAGAAACCCUAUUACAGGAAAUACAGAAUGGGAUGUGCAGCAUGAAGAUUAUGAUUUUCACCAAGAAAUUGCCCGAUCAGCUUUUGCUGAUAUGCUACAUGAUACUGAAAGGAACAAAAAAUAUUAUAGAGCCCUUCAAUUAGCUAUUGAAAAAAUGCACAGUGAAGGAAAGAAGGCUAAUGUUCUUGACAUUGGUACUGGUACAGGUUUACUGUCAAUAAUGGCAGCCAGAUGUGGUGCAGACUCUAUUGUUGCAUGUGAAGCUUUCAAACCUAUGGCUGAGUGUUGUCUUAAAAUACUAGAACACAAUGGAGUCGCAGAUAAAAUAACAGUUAUCCCAAAGCGUUCUACUGAGCUGACCGUUGGAGUAGAUGGAGACUUGAAGGAAAAAGCUAACAUAUUGGUUACUGAGGUUUUUGAUACAGAACUCAUUGGAGAAGGUGCUCUAUCUACAUUUUCACAUGCGCACCAGUACCUUCUAGAGAAAGAUUGCAUAGUGAUACCCGAUUCAGCUGUGAUAUAUGUGCAAGUUGUUGAAUGCCCAACAUUGCAGAAAUGGAACAAAUUGAAUGAUUUGGCAGAUGAAGAUUUGCAGAUAGUUUUGAGGGCUCCUCAAAAGAUGAAAGAUUGUCCAGGAUCGGCAGCAGUUCAUGAUAUCCAGCUGUCGCAACUACCCCGGCAAGUUUUUCGAGAAUUGUCUGAUCAGAUCCCAGUGUUUUUUUAUGACUGGUCUGGUAGGACAGCAAUUGAUAUGAAGCGUACUGUCAGGCAAGACUUUGUUAUAAGUAACACGGGUCGCGCUCAACAAGUGUUUAUGUGGUGGGAGUUGAAUAUGGACACUGAAGGUAAAAUAGUCCUUAGUUGUGCACCGUGGUGGUGUCAUCCUGAUGCUAACUUGGUGGCUGAACGUCCCCAAGACUCAAUACCUUGGCGCGACCACUGGAUGCAAGCAGUUUACUAUUUACCAAAAGAGUUAACAGUUCAAAAAGAUUCUGAAGUAACAUUGGUGUCAUGUCAAGAUGAUUACUCCCUUUGGUUCUAUUUAGAAGAUCAAAAUGUGAAGUAUACUCAUUAUAAAAGACCCGUCUGUGAUUGUGGCGUGCACAUGGCAAUGUCGAGAACACACGUCUCUUAUUUAAACGAUGGAAAACGCAGUAAGAAGUUCUUAAAUGCAAUCUGUGAAGAGAUGCCUAAAGACGCUGUGGUGUUGGAUUUGAAUGGUAGUAGUUUCCUUGGCUUGGCUGCGGCUAAGAAAGGUGCUAAGGAGGUUUUAAUUCUUGAAACUAUGAACUUAAAUUUAAGGAUACUAGAAGACUACAAAAAUGAAAACGAUAUAACAAAUGUCAGAUUUAUAUCUGAAGUCGACAAGGAGAUUUUAGGAUCCGUCACUAAUGUUAUUUGUGAUCCUAAUUUCAGUAGUGCAAUACUUCCUUGGGAAAACUUAAAAAUGGCAUAUAUUAUAUACACUUUUAAAGAUAAACUACGAGAGGGAGUAUCAUUCAUACCAGAAGGUUGUCAGAUUUGGGCAAUGCCAGUAGAGUUUCAAGAUUUACAUAAAAUAAGGGUACCCUUGGGUAAUUGCGAAGGCAUUGACAUGUCUAUAUUCGACACUCUUAUUGAGGUAACUUGUAUUUUCAUUUUUAAAUCAUUUCAAUGCUUAGACAUUGAACUACUUAAAUAAACAAUCUAUAAUAUAAUUAAUAUAGAUAUUGAUUACUAUUGGAAAAUAGUAUACAAUAUACUAAUUUAAUUAAAUUUAAAAUGAAAACUGAAUAAAUAUUUGCUAUAAAAUGCAAUUACACUAGAGACAUUGUGGUAUUCAUAUCACUAGAUUUGUCUCCAUUGUUUCAUCCUGGUUUAGUGGCGAAUCGGGCACUUUAUUAAUUUGUCAUGUUUUAGAAUUCUCGUAUAGUAAGUGAUGCGAUUGUGGAGGCGCAGCCGCUAUGGGAGUACCCGUGCGUGAGCAGAGGAGCCCCACGUCGUUUGUUACAAAUCAGUUUUGCCGAUUUGAAACCAUCUUAUGCUGCUAACCAUACUCAGCCGUUAUUGUAAGUAUUAUAACUUUACUAAUAUGCAACUUUUAAUCGUUUAUUUAUUCUGCCCCUAUCAA